UGCCUGAGGAAGCGGACCAGAGAGUCUGUGAAACGUGUAGGAAAAGACAGUUUGGCACCAAUUGCUACUCCCUGAACACCAACAUAUCUCCCAACAGCAGAUCCUUCUGAGAAGUCUGGACCUUUAUCUUGGAAUGGGAUGUGCUCUUGAUGCUGAUCUGUUUAUAAAUUCCUGGCUUCUCUUGGCAGCCUGCAACCGACUCAAAAGAUGCAUCAAACGAAGAAAGAGGUUUUCAAUAUUUUUAUUGCGCUUCAUAUACAAUGAACACUGAGUUCCAAAUUGUAGGUUGCCUGAGCAGAUUUGGGUGUUCCAGGUGUCCCAAGCGCAGAGUCAUAGUCUCACAAACCAGGAAGUAUUACAAUACUGUUUAUGUACAUUUGCCCAAAGAAGGACAAAGCUUUCAAAUUGGAGUACCUCCAGGAAUUCCACCUUUCGAGCCUUAUCUAUAAAGCAAAAUGAAUGAGAAUAUGCAGUCCUCAAAAGAAGAGAUCGCAAUGGGCCAGAAGAGUCCUCGGGGUAGCAGGUUGGAGCAAGGAUUGUGAGCGAAUGAUUGAGAAUAUGCAGUCCUGAAUUAGAGAGAUCACAGUGGGCCAGAAGAAGCAGAGUCGGCAGGAAGCAGAAUAUGCAGUCCCCAAUGGAAGAUAUCGGAAUGGGCCAGAAGAAGCAGAGACGGCAGGGGAAGCAGAAUGAAUGAGAAUAUGCAGUCCCCAAUAGAAGAGAUUGCAAUGGGCCAGAAGCAGUGUUGGCAGGGGAGCAGAAUAUGCAGUCCCCAAUGGAAGAGAUCGGAAUGGGCCAGAAGAAGCAGAGUCGGCAGGGGAAGCAGUUGGGUACAUGGAUUCACCCUGCUCAUCCUGAAGAUGUACAUCAUAGCUGUGAUCACCGGGCAGAUCCGACUGCGCAAGAACGCCUUUGCCAAUCCAGAAGAUGCCAUGAGACAUGGGGGAAUCCAGUACUACAGACAGGACCCUGAUGUGGAGCGAUACCGGAGGGCCCAUAACAAUGACAUGGAGAACAUUUAUCCGUUCUUGUUCCUGGGAGCGGUCUACUCUCUGCUCAGUCCCAACCCCACCAUCGCCAGGAUCCAUUUCCAGAUCUUCUUCAUAUGCCGGGUGCUCCACACCGUGGCUUAUGUCUUGGCUCUGAAACCACCCACACGUUCCGUGGCCUAUAUCAUUGCUCAGCUGCCCUGCUUCUCUAUGGUCCUUCAGAUUCUCUACUCUGUCGCCUCCUUCUGGUAACCAAAGGCCAAAGCAUUCCUUAGCUGAUUCAUUCAUAAUGCGCAGUGGCGCAUCAUCAUUUAUUUAUAUAUAGCCUUUCCUUUCAGCCAGAGGGCUAGUUAAAGCCACAGCUCUCUCUGCUACAGAUGAAGGUUACUCUUAAGAGACUGCAGAGAUCUUGUCGCAGCUUGGAACCUUUUUUAUUGUUUUAAUAAAUGGGGAAGCUCACUUGAACUUUCCCAGCAUCCUUUAUUCUGUACUUGACAGAUUGGAUUAUUAAAGUGGUUGUUCUCCUUUAAAUUAA